ACGUCCGGAGCCGCUGCGCCAGCCCGACGCCCAGAACCAUGGCCUCGACCCCCUGCCGGCCGUCCCCGCUGCUUGUGCGGGUGUCCGAGGCCGGCCUCCCUUUAAAACUACAUCGGAAGCUGGAAACCUACUUCCAGAGCCGGCAGUCGGGCGGCGGGGAGUGCACCGUCCGAGCCCUGGGCCCCAGCGACCCGGGCACCUACCAGGUGGAGUUCUUGGAAAGGACAGCUAAGGAGGGAGUGUUGGAAAAAAAAAUGCACCAAAUUUUCGUUGACAACAAACCUGUGACUAUUUUCCUGGAACCCACUGAAAAUCCAAUGGAGAAGAAUAUGAGACCUGGAAUGUCUCAAGUGCACACACUGUCACAAAAAGGGGCGAGGUCUGAUGAGAAGCUUCCAAAUGAAGAACAUAUUCCUAAUGCAGUGGAUUCCUGUGUCCAAAAGAUCUUCCUCACUGUCACAGCCGACCUGAACUGCAACCUGUUCUCUAAAGAGCAGAGGGAACGCAUAACCAUUCUCUGCCCCAAUGUCAAAAAAAUGGAGGGCUAUGAUGGAAUUGAGAAGGUGUGUGGGGACUUCAGAGACAUUGAAAAAAUACAUGGUUUCUUGAGUGAGCAACUCCUAAAAAGUGAGCGGAAACACGAAUCAUCCCCUUUGACAACAGAGAGGGAGCCACUCCGUCAGCAGGACCUGGAUGGCUGUGUUUCUCCCUCUGAACCAAAAACCAAGUCAGCAGGAAAAAGCAAUCAUUUUGUAGUUCCCUUGCCUCACUUUGAAUACUUCACCUAUACCUCUCCUGGAAUAUUGGACUCAAUAGAGAAAAGAUUUGGUGUAAAAAUAAAAACCCAGGGGAGUUCUCCGAAUAUGAUCUCCAUAGACUUCACCUCAGGUCAAUCAGACAGCCUCAGUGCAGCUCAGGAGUCUUUCAUCACUGACUUUCAGAAGAGCACAGGAACUAUUGGGCAGGAUUGUGUUGCAUUAGCAGACGGUACACAGGCAAAUAAAAUCAAACAGGAAUUGAGUCACCAGUUUAAAAAGCUUUUUAUAAAGGAGAAUGGAGGAGCAUUAACUCUCCUUGGGACUCCAGAGGACAUUUCAGCUGCCAGACAGUUUCUUGCCUCCCAAAUCUCUGAAAGUCUUGUCAAGGCACCCGUGAAAAUAUUGACUCCCAAGUGCAUGACGAAUGGAAUUGAAGUUGACACGGCUCACUAUAAACUUUUAGAAGCUGAAUUACUCCGGGAGAUAUCAGAGAUAGAAAAAAAAUACAACACUCAAAGCAAGGUUUUGGGAAAAGGUCAGAAAACCUGCAUUCUAUUUGAACCUAGGGACAAGAAGUUAGAUCUGUCUGUGCAUGCUUAUGUAAGUUUCAUCGAUGCCUAUCAACAUGUUUCUUGUCAGCUGAUGAAAGAAGUUCUUUCACUGAAACUUUUGGGCAAGGAGAGAAAGAACUUAUAUGGGACCAAAUUCACUGAUAACUUUAGAAAAAUGCAUGCAGGUGUACACUUUGUGCCAAAUCAAGAGUCAAUGACUUUUAUUGGGUUGCCAAAUCCCCUUGCAAAGGCAAAGCAGUAUGUCUUAAAAACAGGGGGAAUAUCCCCAUUAACUGGAGAGAAAUCGAAUGAGAAUCAUGAAACACCCAUGGACAUUGAUAGUAAUGAGUCAGCAACAGCUUUACCAACAUCCCAGAGCUCUGCCAGUUCUGGGGCAUCAGGAGUGGACAAGGAAGAGGACAUAUGUAUCAUCUGUAUGGAGCUCAUUAGUAACCAGCUAGUGCUAUCAAAGUGCAAGCACAAAUUCUGCACCCCUUGUAUCAACAAAGCCCUGACAUAUAAGCCAGUCUGUCCUGUGUGCAACACUUUCUACGGUGUCCAGAAAGGGAAUCAGCCAGAGGGAACCAUGAGUGUCAGUUACCAAAAAACUUCACUUCCAGGUUAUGAAAACUGUGGCUCCAUUGUGAUUACGUAUAACAUGAACGGUGGCAUACAAACAAAAGAGCACCCAAAUCCAGGAGUACGAUAUCCUGGAAUACAUCGAAAUGCGUAUUUGCCUGAUAAUGAGGAAGGAAAUGAGGUUUUGACACUGCUUCGUAAGGCAUUUGACCAAAAGCUAAUUUUCACAGUGGGGGAGUCUCGAGUUUCAGGUUUGUCAAAUGUCAUCACAUGGAAUGAUAUCCACCACAAGACAUCCCAGUUUGGGGGACCAGACAGGUAUGGCUACCCUGAUCCUAAUUAUCUGAAACGCGUCAAGCAGGAACUGAAAGAUAAAGGAAUUGAGUAAGAAAACUGCUGGAAGGAUAUCUUGAGCCAAGCGUUCAAAAGACACAGAUGAAGAAGUGGAAUAAAUAUCAUUCUGAAGCCUAAUGUAGAAACAGCUUUUAAAAUGCUCAUCUCAAGGGGGUUCCCGUAAGAGUAAGAAUCUGAUAGUCUCAUUUCUGGAGCGUUGUUUUUUAUGGAAGAUAAAUACCCCAAAGAUCGGUGUGAUUUUUGCCGCAGAGAUGGUGUGACUCAUUCUUGUGUCAUCGUUGUGGGGAGAGGAGGGUGGAGUGCUAUGGGUCUGAAAUCAUCAAUAUUCUUCCGUUGAAAUAUUAGCUGCCAAUUAAUCCUCUUUUAUUACUAUCUCUGGGGUGGUCCUUUAGUUUUCUGUUUGUUGGUUGGUUGGUUUGCCCUUUAAGUACCCUAAAGGUAAAAUCCGAGUGUGAAUAGGGGAGGAUGGGACAGGGGAGGCUUUGGUUAUGGAGAAUUAAAAGACCCAUCUUCUCCCCCCCUUUGGCCAGGAGCAAAGAUUGGGCACCUUCAGUAAUAAAUAGUAUAAGGCUAUUAUUUUUCAUAACACAGAGCCAUAUAUAUAUAUAGUUGAUGCUUAAUAAAUUUUUGCUGCCUGACUCUGGGUGCUAAUACCCCAGCAGAGGGAUAUAUGCUUCCUAAAUCUUUAGCAGAGGCAGGAGUAAGGAAGCCAUUUCUGGAGUCCUCACCAGUGACUUGGAAAACUGGGUUUCUGAUCUGAUUAUCCACAUCCCAGCCUCUCUCCAAAACUGAUGAAUGAGGUGUCCUUUUCUUUUCCUAAAAAUACACAUACUCACACAUACUUAUUUUUGACCAGAAGGUAAUAGCUAAUAUUUAUUGUGGACUUAUUUUGUCCCCUUUAUAAAAUCUUUAUAUCUUUGUGAUUAAUAUUAUUAGUAUUCCCAUUUUAUAACUGAGAAAACUGAUGCAUAGAAAGGAUACCUUGACAAAGGUCAUGUAGUUAAUAAGGAGAAGUGCUGGGAUUUGAAGGAGAUAGUCUGGUUCUAUGGCUUCUGCACCCCAGAGCUAUACUGCCUCCCAUGGGGGACUUCAUGGAGCUGGCUGAGGAGUUCCUGUUAUUUUGGGCUUCUCUCAGAAAUGCAUUCCUACCAUAGCACUCACAGCAAACAGCCUCCGAAGAGGUCCUAUUUGAAGAACUUAAAACCCAGAAUCUUUUCCCUUGUCCAGAUUGUUGAGGAAGCUUAAACUAAAUGAUAGGCCUUUUGUUUCUUUAUCAGAUGAUGCAUUUAAUUUUUAGUGAUUCCUUAAAGUCUUUACUGUUAUGAAUACAUAGUUAUUUUGUAUCUACUGACCUUUUAGCUAAAUUUGCUUUAAAGAAACAAAAGUUUGGUUCCUGCUUAGGUCUAGAUCCUUGAUUACAAUGUAGUAUGUGCAUAGGCAGUUAAAUGGUGUGAGUGAUUGGUGAGCCUUGGAUUGCUGCUUUUGCUCUGUGUGUGAGGUAUUAUUAUCAUCUGUAUCUACUUUCAAUAAAGUUAUAUGUGUAUU